AGGAGCAACUAGGAGGGUGCAGCAAUCCUAACUGGGGGGCACAGAGUGGAUAAAUGGGGAGUGCCUGGGGGGCAGAGGCUGAGCCACCUGUAUGUGUGUUUGUCUGUGUGUGUGUGUGUGUCUGUCUGUCUGUCUGUCUGUCUCUGUGUGUGAGUGUGAGGGUCUGUCUGUCUGUCUCAGUGUGUGUGUGUGUGAGGGUCUGUCUGUCUGUCUCAGUGUGUGUGUGUGUGUGUGAGGGUCUGUCUGUCUGUCUCUGUGUGUGUGUGUGUGUGUGAGGGUCUGUCUGUCUCUCUGUGUGUGUCUGUCUCAGUGUGUGUGUGUGUCUGUUUGUCUCAGUGUGUGUGUGUAUCUGUCUGUCUGUCUCUGUGUGUGUGUGUGUGUGUGUCUGUCUCAGUGUGUGUGUCUGUCUGUCUGUCUGUCUCUGUGUGUGUGUGUGUGUGUGUGUCUGUCUCAGUGUGUCUGUCUGUCUGUCUCAGUGUGUGUGUGUGAGGGUCUCCAUCCCCGCUGAGCCCUGCCAGGGGGCCCCAGGGGGCCAUUUUCCCGCAGGAUGCUGCGUCAGGGCCGGCGGCUGCUGCGGGGGCGGCUGCUGCUGCUGACCAACACGGCGAGCUGCGGCGCGCUGCUGGCCACGGGCGACCUGCUGCAGCAGGCCUGGCAGCGCCGGCGGCAGCCCGGCACCGAGCCACAGCCGGCACGCACCGGGCGCAUGUUGGCCGUGGGCUGCAGCAUGGGCCCGCUGAUGCAUUACUGGUACCUGUGGCUGGACGCUGCCUUCCCGGCGCAGGGCCCGCGGCGCCUCAGGACCGUGCUGAAGAAGGUGCUGAUCGAUCAGCUGGUGGCAUCGCCUGCCCUGGGCGCCUGGUACUUCCUGGGCAUGGGCACGCUGGAGGGCCAGUCUCUGGAGGAGAGCUGGGAGGAGCUGAAAGACAAAUUCUGGGAGUUUUACAAGGCCGACUGGUGCGUCUGGCCCUUGGCUCAGCUCCUCAAUUUCCUCUUCGUCCCGCCCCCGUACCGGGUGGUUUAUGUCAACGUGGUCACACUGGGCUGGGACACGUACCUCUCCUACCUCAAGCACCGGCCUGACAGCCCCCCGGGGGCCCAGCACGACCAACCCAGUGAGAAGCAGCAGCGCGGUGCCGGGAUGUGACGGGGCAGCUCCUCCCCAGGACCAGCAGCGUGGAGCUCCUGAGUGUGGCAGCCACCAGCAAUGACCAGAGCCCCCCACAGCCCCCCAGAGCUCUGCACCCCGAUGGCCAGAGCCCCCCAGAGCUCUGCAGCCUGGUGCCCAGAGCCCCCCAGAGCUCUGCACCCCGAUGCCCAGAGCCCCCCAGCCUGGUGCCCCAGCCUGGUGCCCAGAGCCCCCCAUGGCUCCAGAACCAGGGCUGCUUGCACUAAUUAACUUGUCUUCUCAUCACCUUGAUGGAGUUGGGCAUUUUUAACCCAUUCCAUGCCUCAGGCUCACCCAUGACUCCCAGUGCAGGGAGGAGCUGCCACAGCUACACUUUGCCUUCAGCACCCAGGAGGGUCCCCAGUGCUGCAGUCAGAGAGGGGAGAUUUCCCCUUCUCCAGGGCCAGGCUGGCCCCUUGCUGCACUCCUGCAGCCUCUCCAGGCUUUGUCUCUGCCCCUCCCCAGGUGCUUUCAGUCUGGGACAAGCCACCUGGUCCCUUUCCCUCCCCUUACAGCCGGUUCUGAGCUGCAGCCACCCCCUCUCUGUCAGAGUAGCAGCAGCAGAGGCCACCCAGGGGAGAGGGAAAGGAUUUUAAGGCAAAAUGUUUCUCAGGAUUUUAACUGUAGCUGCACCCCCAAAGCUGCACCUGCCAACUUCCUCAUUCCCAGCAGCAAUGAAAACUGCCUCCCUAAAGCUGGGCCUCAACUUCCAGCUCUGGCCUCAACCUUCCUGCCCCUCCCUGAGCUCCUGCACCACACCAGCAGCCAUUAGGUGAACGUCAAUGAAGAAAGCAGCUGAUUUCUGUGCUCCUCUCUGUCCCUGAGCCCAGCAGAGGGUCCCUCCCCCUGCAGUGACCCCAGGGCCGGCUCAGCAGCAGCGAUUUAUUCCUUCACAACGUUUCUUUAAUACACUGAUUUUUAGGAAACUGUAA